CGCGCGUCGAAGCAUUCACGGCAGCUGCGCCCACCUCCGACCUGGAUUCCGACAGGCACACGUCAGGGCACAUAGCUGAGCGCUCAAGCCCUUCCGCAUCAUCCUCGCAAGGCGACAUGGCCGACACCGAGAUGGAAGCGGGCCCGAGCAAGACCACCGCAUCCGAGUCUGCCCCAGAGGGCCCGCCCCCCAAGAAGAAGCGGACGCGAACGUUGACGACCCCGCAUCAGGCGGCUGUCCUGCAUGCGCUGCUCGCGCAGUCCCGGUUCCCCACCACGCAGAUGCGCGAGGAGGUCGGACGCUCCAUCGGGCUCAGUGCUCGCAAAGUGCAGGUAAGCGACAUCACUCACUUCCUCCCGCGCGCCGCGGACGCUGACCCUGUCGCUACCCCCCAGAACCAGCGCCAGAAAGCGCGCCGCCCGCGCGGGCAGCCCGCCACGUCCGCGCCCCUCACACGCCCGCCCCAGUUUGGGCCCUUCACGAACGCGCCGCCGGGCUCCGCCUCGAGCGAGGUCAGCCCGACCACGACCACCGCCCACUCUGGCUCCAGCGCGGAAGGCUUCUUCGCGCGCGGCCCCGCCGGCUUGGAGAUGCCGUACGGCGGCGCGACCGCGCCUUCUAGCGCCGUCUCCGAGCGGUUCGCAUACGCGCAUCGCGAUCCGUACUUAGCCGACGACUACCCGAGAUCCAGCAUCGUCCCAAGCCAGCUCGCAGGCCCCGGCAUCCCUGGCUCGAGUCGGCGGCCCCAGUACGCGAUGGGCGGCCAGGGCGCAGAGGGCGGCGGGUGGCGGGCGCAUGCUCAGGCCCGCAUGCAAGGUUUCUCCUCCCGCCCUUCCACCUCCGGCACGGAGACGGCAGAGAUGUACAGGACGACGCCUCGUCCGGGGCGUCCUGCAGGGGAGCAAGGUCCUGGACUUCCCCUGUCCCUGCCGUCGGUCAUAACGAACAUCCCGCGCGGCCAUGGCCCCGCGAGCAGCCCCAUCGGUGGCUCGUACCCGUCGCUCGCCUCGCUCAGCUCGCUCGAGGCCGGCCCCAGCUCUGGCUCAAGGUUCCCUGGCGCACUCGACGACCGCGCCCGCACGCUCCCGCAGCCCAUCGUCGACUUCUCUGCCCCGCGGCAGCCGCUCAACAUCCCCCCGCCGUUCACGCUGCAGCCGCAGCCGCAGUGGGAUGACCCCGCCUUCUCGCCGUACAACACGCGAAGGCGGUCGCCACCUGCUCUGCCCCAUGGCGUCGCACCGCCCUUUGGCGCCCCCUCCCCCACCGCAACCUCUCCCUUCCGCGGCGAGCCCCUGCCCAGCAUUUCUACGGUGGUGCCUAUGGGCCCCCGCUCCCCUUCCUCUCUACGCAGUCCGCGCUCGCCGACUCCCCGCGCUCGUUUCGACCCCAUACGAUCUUCUGCAGGCCGUGCGCCGUUACAGCACCCUGCACGACCCGGCUUCCACGAAUCCCCCGACGAACACCACACAUCUAGUAAUCGCUAA